AUGGGACGACGUGCAAAGAAUAAGCAGCCUGCCCCGCAGCCGCUUCCUGAGCCCGGUGCGGGACGAAAAGGUAUGAAGGAGCAUGCUAUAUCUAAGCGUAAUGCUCCAAAAGCUAAGCAGAAUCCGAAAGCCAAAGUUGCGAAGACACCAGCUAACGUGUCGCGCGCGAUGCCCGCCAAGGCUGCCUCGCUGCGUCAGACACCGGCUACGAAAACAGCAUCAUUGUCGAAGCCAGUGAAGAGUAAAAAGCAAUUGAUUCCUGAAGAUGAAGACGAAGAGGAUCUUGAUGAAUAUGACUCUGAUGACCUGGAAGCCUUGGAUGAAGAUGUAGAUCUUGACGAAGACGAUGAGGACGAGGAAGAGGCGGAAGAUGACGCCAGCGAAGAUGGCGAGGAUGAAGACGAAGAAGAAGGCGAGGGGAACGAGGAACUCUCGAUGGAGCAGAUUCUAUCCUCUCUUGGUCUGCCCAAGAAUGGCAAGCUUACGGAGCGUCAGAAAAAGAAAGCCCUGGCGGAGGCUGAGCGUCUGGAGCUUCUCCUGAAGAGUUCUGGCCAUUCUUUGGAGGAGGACGAAGACGUAGCUGAAGACGAGGAGGAUUCCGAAGAGGGCGAGGAGGAUGUCGAAGGCGAAGAGGAUGAGGACGAGGAGGAUGUCGAAGACGGAGAUCUCGAGGGCGACGAAUUCGAAGGUCUCGAAGAUAUGGAGGACCUCGAUGAGGAAGAAAACCUUGAUGGUCUGGAAGAGGACGACGAAGAGGACGACGAGGGCGAUGACGAGGGCGAUGACGAGGAGAAUGCGGAGGCGCCCGGCACUGGCUUCCUGCUGCCGACCGUUGAGGAAGAGGAGCAGGAGAAGCAAGCACCGCUGGAUUUGCAGCUUGUGCAAAUGCGUAUCCAGGAGGUCGUAACCAUCCUGGCCGACUUGCCUCGACUGGGUGAGCCUGGUCGUUCUCGUGCUGAUUAUAUGGAUCGUCUUUCGAAGGAUGUACAAACCUAUUAUGGCUAUAACGAGUUCUUGACUAACAUGUUCCUCGAACUCUUCUCGCCGGACGAAGCCAUUGCUUUCUUUGAGGCCAAUGAAGUUCCUCGACCUGUUACUAUUCGUACCAAUACACUGCGUACGCGUCGCCGCGAUCUCGCCCAGAAGCUUAUCAACCGCGGUGCGAGUUUGGAACCUGUAGGCCCGUGGAGCAAGGUUGGUCUGCAAGUGUUUGAGAGCUCCGUGCCGAUCGGUGCGACGCCAGAAUACCUGGUGGGUGACUAUAUGCUGCAAGCCGUGUCGUCAUUCUUGCCCUGCGUGGCCCUGGCGCCACAACCGAACGAGCGUGUGCUGGAUAUGGCCAGUGCGCCAGGUGGGAAAGUGACAUACCUCUCCGCGUUGAUGCAAAAUACAGGCUGCAUUUUUGCGAACGACAGCAACAAGGCGCGUAUUAAGAGUUUGACGGCCAAUAUCCACCGUAUGGGCUGCCGCAACGUCGUUGUAUGCAACUACGAUGGUCGGCAGUUCCCCAAGGUGAUUGGCGGUUUCGACCGUGUGAUGCUCGACUCGCCAUGCUCGGGUACGGGUGUGGUGAGCAAGGACCCCAGUGUCAAGACGAAUAAGUCGAAGCGGGACUUUAUUCUUCUUUCGCAGCUGCAGAAGCAGCUCAUUUUGUGUGCCAUCGACAGUGUGAACCCGCGAUCGGAGACGGGCGGCUACGUCGUGUACAGUACCUGCUCUGUGACAGUGGAAGAGAACGAGGAGGUCGUCGAGUACGCGCUGCGCAAGCGGCCGAAUGUGCGCAUUGUGCCUACGGGUAUCGACUUUGGCCGUGAUGGAUUCAAGAGUUUCCGUGGCAAAAAGUUUGACGACCGCAUGCCGCUGUGCCGUCGUAUCUUCCCGCACGUGCACAACAUGGACGGCUUCUUUGUAUGCAAGCUCAAGGUGGAGCCUAUCAACAAGGGCGAGAAGCGUCGUCAAGAGAUGGAAGCGGCGGAGAUCGAGACGGCAGCGGAGCAGACCCAGCCCAAGCGGUCAAGUGCGACAACGCCCUCUGCCUCCGUGGCGGCAGACUCCUUGUUUGACGAGGCCGAAGACGAGGCCAUCAUGCAGCGCUCCCGUGAGCGUAUGGCCAAGAAGCGCCGUAUGUAA